CCCAGGACAAAACAAUACACAGGCUUUGCAGUAAAUCAGAGAUAUUUCAAGCUCCUUUGGUUGCACCAUGACUUCUAGCUUCUCCACAAACAGUUACUCUCGAGGACGGCAGACGUCUUUCUCCAGCAUGUCCGUGCGUGACAUUGGGAUGCGGGGACGCUCUAAAGUCCCAGUGUCGCUUUCCUCAGCCAACACUCUGUCCCUGUCUCGAUCCACCUCUCUGGGAAACGGCCUAAACCUCCUCAGCAACCUCUCGCUGAAUGGUAUGGGAAUCGGUGCCAGUGAGAAAGAGACCAUGCAAGGUCUAAACGAUCGACUGGCCAGCUACCUAGAAAAGGUGCGGACGCUUGAGAAGUCCAACGCCGACCUGGAGCAAAAGAUCAAACAGAUGAUGACGGAUCGCUCACCAAAGGGUCACGACAUUGAUGGAAUGAUGGCCCAAGCUCAUGCAAUUGGACAAGAGGUAAGGAAGAAGACCUUGGAGAACGCUCGUAUAAUGCUGGAGAUCGAUAACGCUAAACUUGCGGCAGAUGACUUCAGGGUCAAAUGGGAGGCUGAGGCAACUCUUUGUCAGUCGGUUGAGAGAGACUGUCACGCUCUCAGACGAGCUAAAUCUGAUCAUGAUCAGAUCAUCGCAACCCUCAGAGGAGACCUUGACAGUCUGAAAGAGGAGCUCUAUUUCCUCAAGAAAAACCAUGAUGAGGAGAUGAGCACCCUGAAGACCCGUUUAACCAACGAGCAGGUGAGCGUGGAGGUGGACGCGGCCCAGGGCCCGGACCUGGGGGUCAUCAUGGCAGAGCUGAGGGCACAGUACGAGGGCAUCGCACGGAAGAACAAAGAGGAUGCGGAGAUGUGGUACCUAAAGAAGCUGGAGAGCGUGCAGACGGAGGUGAAGGAGAGCAAUGAAGCCCUGCGCUCUGCUCAGAGUGAACUUAAUGAAAAACGACGCUUCAUGCAGGCACUGGAGGUGGAGCUGGACAGCCUGAGAAAACAGGUCAGUGUUCUCGAGGGGAACCUUGGAGAGACGAAUCAUAAGUAUGCCACCGAUAUCGAGCGACUUCAGGGAAUGCUCGCACAGCUGGAGGAAGAACUCUCACAACUGCGUCUGGAUAUGCAACGAAACAAAACCGAUUAUGAGCAGCUCCUCAGAAUCAAACAGAAUCUGGAGCUGGAAAUCGCCACCUAUAGACGGCUGCUGGAUGGAGAGGAAGUAAUGAAAGAAAGACCUCCUAAAAAAGAUCCUGAAGUGAGAACCAGGAAGAUUGUCAAGGUGGUCACCCAGACCAUGGUAAAUGGAAAGGUGGUGGAUGAAGUGGAACAGAUUGAAGAACGAAAAAAGUGAGUUUGGCUCACAAGUGACACUGAACGUCCAUAUUCUUGUGGUUUGUGAUCACGGGUAUCACAAGACUACCAGUGAGCUGUUCAUUUUGCAGAGAAGUGAAUAAACAUUGAUUCAAAUUAUUAAAAGUAGUAAUGUGUCAUUUUUUAUUGAGAUUUUCAUGG